AUGGCCUUCCUGCUGCAAUACCGCCGUUUCAAGCAACGCGUUCAACAACAACUAGCCGAGCUCGACGGCCAUGAGAAGACAGCCAACCCACCGCAUCGGCAGUCGAGGCAGUCAAGCGACCAAACCCUCCGCGGCACCGAACGAGCCAAAGCGGAGGACUUUCGAUAUGCCAAACUGGACGGCAUAAGCGUCGAGGAGAAAGAGAAUGGCGAGAAGUACUACCUGGUUGACUUUGAGGAAGAUGAUCCAUACAAUCCGCGAAGCUGGUCGACGGCACAUCGUCUAGGAAACACAUUCCUUCUGGAUGCCAUCGCAUUCGUGGUCACCGCCGCCAGCAGUAUUGAUUCCGCUACCGCUCCCCAGGCUGCCGAAGCCCUGGGCGUGUCCGAGGUUGUCGAAGCACUUGGCGGAACGGGCGUCUUUCUUGCCACAUUUGGCAUUGGAGCAUUAUUCACGGCGCCAGCCUCUGAAAUGCUAGGGCGAUGGCCAGUAUACGUGGCCUCUCUCACCGUCUUCGCCUGCUGGCUGGUUGGUGCUGCUCUCAGCCCGAAUAUUGCCUCCCAGAUAGUCUUUCGAGGUUUGGCCGGGUUCUUCGCGUCGGCUCCUCUCACUGUCGCCGGCGGAAGCAUGUCUGAUCUCUGGAGCGUCAAGGAGAGGACAUGGGCGUUCCCGUUAUUCGCAGUCGUCGGCUUCGGAGGACCUGUCCUUGGCCCCGUCAUCGCCAGCUAUAUCGGUACAUCGCCUCAUCUUUCGUGGCGCUGGUCAGAUUGGAUCAUGCUCAUCGCCACCGGUAUUGUCAUCUUCUUGGUCCUGGCCUUUAAGCGUGAAACCAUGGCUCCACGUCUGUUACAGUACAAAGCCCGCAUGUUCCGGCAGCUUACUGGCGACGACCGCUUUCUAUCUCAGAGCGAAGUGGCUGGACAUUCGCUCGGUGGAGUAUUGAAGAAGAACUUCACACGUCCGUUCAUCCUCGCCCUGGAGCCUAUCGUCCUCGCAUACACGCUGUAUCUCACCAUCGUCUACAUCAUCCUCUUUACUUUCCUGGAUGGCUACCCGUACAUCUUCGAGCGGACAUACGGCAUUUCUCAAGGACUCAGCAACAUCUGCUUCAUUGGACUGCUCAUCGGCAUCAUCUCCGGCUUCGCGCUUGUUCCUUUUGUUGUACACAUCACCAACAAGCAACUUCAGCGAGACGAUGAUGACGGGUCGGGAUCCGCCAUCAAUCAGGAGACUCGUACCAUCUUCUCGAUGAUUGGUGCACCACUCAUUCCAAUUGGACUCUUCUGGAUGGGCUGGACUGAUUAUGCUUCGAUAUCGAUCUGGUCACCUCUCGUCGCAUCCGGUGUCAUUGGCUUGGGGAUCAUCUGUAUUUUCCUGUCGGCUUACAUGUACAUCAUCGACAGCUACGAGGCUGUUGCAGCAUCGGCUUUGACUUUUGUGGCUUUGAUUCGCUACCUUGCAGCAGGCGGCAUGACUGUUGUCGGCGUUCCGAUGUACAAGAACCUCGGGACACACGACAUCCACAACAACGAAUUCGACUACAUUGUCCUAGGCGGAGGAACAGCAGGCCUUGUCGUAGCAUCGAGACUCUCUGAAGACCCCGGGCUUUCUGUUGCAGUCAUCGAAGCUGGUGAUUUCGAACGAAACAAUCCGAAUGUGACGAACGCCACUACGAUUGGGCUAGGCAAAAACACGCGCAUCGAUUGGCAAUAUGACACGGUCCCCCAAGCUUUUGGAAACAAUGAGACCAUCAUAUGGAGUGCUGGGAAAGGGGUAGGUGGUUCAACUCUCAUCAAUGGCAUGACAUAUAUUCGCCCAGCUAGUUCUCAAAUGGAUCUUUGGCUGUCUCUUGGCCUUGAAAUGGAUUGGAAGAAGCUUUUUGACUGUUCUAAGAAAGGAGAGCAUUUUCAGCCCCCGUCAGCAGCCCUCACCGCACUGGGAGCCUCUUACGAAUCUUCAGAUCAUGGCUACGGCGGACCUCUUGCGACAUGCAUUAGCCCUCACAUCUUAGGUGGUGAGGUACAUAAUGUAUUGAAUGCGACCUUUCAAAAGUUGGGCAUUCCUUCGAGGCAUGAGUUCAACGGUGGCGAUCUCAGAGGGUUCGGCAUCCAGCAGACGACCCAAGACGGGAUCGCAGAUAUCAGAGAGGAUGCAGCCCGAGCUUACUACUAUCCCGUCAUGGACCGGCCAAACUUGAUUAUAAUUCCUAACACAACAGCCACUCGCAUACUGUGGGCGGAAGACACAAGCCCCGGUGAAGAGGCAGUCGCUCUGGCAGCUGAGGUAAGUAGUCAGACUGGCAAAGUCGCCACAAUUCGCGCAAAACGUGAAAUUAUCCUGUCAGCAGGUGCACUUCGCAGCCCUGCCAUUCUCGAGCAUUCCGGUGUCGGCAAUCCGUCCAUCCUGUCUCAACAGUCCGUCGAAGUCAAGGUGAACCUGUCGUCGGUCGGUGAAAAUCUGCAAGAUCAAACCGUUCUCGCGAUGACCGCCAACGCUGCGCAAGCGUAUCCCUCCGGGUUGCCUCCCUUUGUCGCUCACACGUCCUUCCACGAUUUAUUUGGAGCCCAAGCCUUCUCUGUAUACAACUCCACUCUCUCGAAGCUCCCGUCGUAUGCAGCCGCCAUCGCAGCCUCGAACAACGGAGCCUCCGAUGCCAGCACCCAGCAGCGCCUUCUUCGCACGCAGCUUGAUCUCCUUCUGGAAACCAACACCGUCGCGUCCGAAAUCGCCCCGAUUAUCUUGGGAGAACUCGUCGGCGCUGUCUUCUGGCCUCUACAACCCUUCAGUCGCGGCAGUGUACACAUCAACAGCACUGAGCGAACAGCCCAACCGAGAAUCGAUCCCAGAUUCUUUGAGAUCGACUUCGAUAUCGAUCUGGCGAUCGCGACCGCGAAAUUCGUGCGACGGCUUCUCACCACGCCGCCCUUUGUCGACAUAGUCAACAUUACCAGUUUGAACCCUGGCUACGAACUUGUCCCAGAAGACGCAAGCGACGAUGUGUGGUUGAAGUGGUUGAAGAGUUCAAUGUAUCAGCCUAAUUACCACCACCUAGGGACGUGCGCGAUGUUGCCCAGGGAGAUGGGCGGAGUGGUGGAUAACGAGUUUCGAGUAUAUGGUACGAACAAUGUCAGGGUGGUGGACUUGAGUGUGGUGCCUUUGCAGAUUCCCCAAUAUCCUUCGGCAUCGUACAACUUCAUUCGACGUCUGCGAAACGAGAAAGAGCUUCACAUCUCGACCGAUGUGUCCUCUGCUGCACAAACAAAAGCCAGCAACGACAGGCAGACGAAGCGCACAAAGUCUCCGUGCAGUUUGCAUAUUGCAAUCAUCGGUGCUGGAGUCGGAGGCCUUUCCGCCUCGAUUGCACUGAGACUACGUGGACAUCGAGUUUCCGUCUAUGAGCAAGCGGCGGCCUUAGCGGAGAUUGGAGCCGGCAUCCAGAUACCACCGAACUCAACGCGAAUUUUACACUCAUGGGGACUUGAGACAGCACUGAAGCAGUUUUCCGGAGUUCCUGCCGCUCUCUUGUGGCGUCGAUGGCAGGACGGAUCCGUGAUUGGCAAAGCCAGACUCAAUCCCCGAAGCCAACAGGAAUAUGGAUCGCCGUACUAUGUUACCCAUCGUGCACAUUUGCAUCAGGUCUUGCAUGCCAGAGCCGUUGAGCUCGGUGUCGACAUAUACUUGAACAAGAGGGUGCUGAAGGUCGAGGAAGCCGAAGGCGGAGGUGUUGACUUCGAAGAUGGCCUGACCAUCCGUCCGGACUUGACGAUUGCCGCUGAUGGCCUAAAAUCGCAAGCCCGCAGACGAUUGAACGGCUCAGCAGAUCGCGGCCCUGUUGGGCACGGACUGAGCGCAUACCGAGCAACCAUACCUGUUGACGAGAUCAAAGCCGAUCCUGAUUUGGCGUGGAUCAUGGAAAGGUCAAGUCUGAAUCUCUGGGUCGGAAACAAUCGGCACAUCAUGAGUUAUGCCAUCACUGGUGGACAGCAGUACAAUAUGGUCAUCACCCAUCCAGCCAGGGAUGUGGGAGCCGUGGAGGAGUCCGCAGUGCCAAUGUCGGAAGUCUUGAACACGAUGAAGUCGUACUACCAAGGCUGGGAUCCGAGCCUCAUGAAACUCCUCGGAAUGAUCAAGUCCACCGUCGAUUGGCCAAUCAACGCGAUUGAUAUUCCAGGAACGUGGAUAUCGAAGACCGGCAAGCUGGUGAUUCUGGGCGAUGCUGCGCACGCUAUGGUACCUUACAUGGCUUUAGGCGCAGCCAUGGCUGUGGAGGAUGCUGCAGCGAUUGCAGAGACGCUGGAUCACAUCUCCUCUCCAGAAGACAUCCCACACGCCUUGAAACUGUGGGAGAAAGCGCGCAGACCUCGAGUUCAAGCUGUGCACGAGGCGAGCUUCGCCAAUGGCCUUAUCCUGCAUCUCCCGGAUGGUGCCGUGCAGAGAGCGCGUGACGAGGCCAUGAGGGACGAGAUCGAGAGUACGGAAUACGUCGAAAGCUCUAAUCAGUGGUCCGACCCGCUGUUGACCGAGUGGAUUUAUCGUCACGACGCAGUUGCGGAAGUUGCAAGGCUUUGGAACGACUGA